UGUCUGUGCGGCUCAGUAAAAUGGCUGUAUCUCGCAGAGCCUCGUGCUGGUUUGCUCCGUUCGGUGCCUAUACUCUCGCUCAGUAAUAGAACCCCUACAAUAUUGUGUGUCGGUUUUUAUGCAUCCUUUGGAUUUAAUAUUACGUGUCCAAUUAUUUUAACAUCGGAAACAGGAGAGGAAACCGGAUUCGGUCCGGUGAAAUGGAUUGGGAAUGAGUCGGGACAAAGAUAAAUGGUUAUAAACAAUUAUUUAUAUUCAAUGUUAGCGUUUGAUUGUGACUGACUCGCCGAGAGGGGGUAUCAUGGCCGCUCAGGUCGCCAGCGCCGCCACUCUCAACACUAGCCCGCCUUCCGAACUAAAAAAACCGGAUCGAGACCCAAAGGAGGAUUCGGUACCGGGGGAAAAGCAACAGGAAAACAAACAAUUGGGAUUAGGGAGCGGAUCUCCAGGUCGGGGGGAUCUGCAUGACGGGGCCGAUGUGGGAAAUGCAGGGGGAGGAGGGGAACCUGAGAUGAAGAACGGGAACGGGAACCCGUCCAGGGCUAAUAAUAAUCAGAAUGAUUCCAUCGGAUCCGAGGGGAGUAAUCACCCCGGGAUGGUACACCACCAUGGGUCCGGUUUUCCACCACCUUCUUAUGGAUACAGUCAACACUACGGCCGGGCCCCUUUUCAUCAACAUGGCGGACAACAAAGCCCUGGCAUGGCAGCUGCUACAGGUCCAGCCGUGCAGUCGAGCAACAUGAUGGACCCAUAUCAACCCAAUUCGCACGACCAUGGCUUUUCUAACCACCAGUUUAACAAUUACAAUCCAUUCCCGAACAGAACUCCUUAUCCUGGCCAAGGAUACGGCAUGAACUCCCCGCGUAAUACCCAGGCUCCGGCAGCUGGGGGACAGCCAGCUAAGCAGCAACCAGCAGGAGGACCCACAUCAAUGGCUGCAUCUUACAAUAAUCAAAGAUAUAAUAUGGGAAAUCCACAGCCAACUUCCACCCCGACCCUAAACCAGCUCCUAACCUCCCCAAGCUCUACGCGGGUAUAUCCAAAUUACCCAUCUAGCGAUUAUAGUAAUCAGGAAGGAGCUAGUAAGGGACCAACAGACAUGGGCAAUAGCGGUCAGUAUGGAGGGGGCAAUCCGGGUUGGCAACAAAGGACCCAUCACCCGCCGCCUAUGAGCCCGGGAAGUACAGGUCAACCACUAGGUAGAACCCAGCCCCCAGGUGCAAUGGAUCCAAUGACGAAGAUGAGGGGCCAGGCAUUUGGCGGGGGCAGUCCAUACUCACAACAGCCUGGGCAGGGGCCACCCCCAGGGGCCCAGCAGGGUCCUGGAUACCCUGGCCAGGGCUACGGUCCCCCCGGCCCCCAAAGAUACUCGGUGGGCAUGCAGGGACGGCCCCCUGCGGGGAUGGGGGCAAUGCAGUAUGGGCAACAGAUGGCCUCCUAUGGACAGCAGGGACCAGGAGGUUAUGGCCCACAGGGCCAGGGGCCCUACUAUGGCCAACAGGGCCAGCCUUCCCACCCGGGUCAGCAUCAAGGGCCUUACCCCCAGACCCCUCCUGGACAGCAGGGUGGACAGAGUCCCUACCCCCAGCAGGCCCAGACGUCGGCCCCGCACUCCCAAGGCGGGCCACCCUAUCAGCAGCCACCCCACUUGCCCCCCCAAUCCCAGGGCCCUCAGCCGGGUCCGUCUCAAGGGCAGUCUCAGCAGCCCUACUCCCAGUCCCAGGGGCCUACCAAUCUGCCUCCGCUGCAGGCAAACUCCCAGGCUUCGGCAGCCUUGCAGGCCCAGCACAGCUAUCCACCGGCACAGGGCCCGCAGCAGUCCCAAACACCUGCCCAACAGCCGCCUCAGCAACCACAGGGCCAGCCGGCUUCCUAUUCCCAGAAUCCUCCACAACAAACUGCUCCAUCACAGCAGUCAACGUACCAACGCUUCCCUCCUCCGCCUCCGCAGGAGAUGUCCCAGGACUCGUUCAGCUUGCAAUCCAGUGGCCCUCCCUCCAACCCGCCGAAAAGCGGCUCGGAGGACGUCAGCAUGCAAGGUCGGCCAUCCAGUCUACCGGUGAGUCCUCACCCAACCUGCACAAAGGAUCUCUCAGGUUCCAUUGAUGACUUGCCCACUGGUGCGGAAGGCGCUCUAAGUCCUGGUGUGAGCACUUCAGGUGUGUCGAGCAGCCAGGGCGAGCAGAGCAACCCGGCCCAGUCUCCCUUCUCCCCCCAUACCUCACCCCAUCUGCCGGGCAUCCGAGGGCCCUCACCAUCACCUGCCGGUUCCCCCGCCAGUGCCACCACUUCACGCACAGGGCCCCUCUCACCCUCCACUAUGCCAGUGACCCAGAUUCCCCCUAGACCAUCAAGUGGGCAGUCUGAUGGGAGUUUGCACCAAGCCAUGAGUCAGUCACCCAUGGCCCAGGAAAGAGGGUUCAUGCAGAGGAACCCCCAGAUGCCUCCUUACGGCUCGCCCCAGUCUGCAGCAGCCCUGUCACCCCGACCAUCCUCUGGGAGCCAAAUCCACCCUGGGAUGGGGCCUUACCAGCAGCAGAACAACUCCAUGGGGGUGUACGGGCCUCAGGGUGGCCAGUAUGGGCCGCAAGGUUACCCCCGGCAACCUGGCUACAGCAACAUGCCCAAUGCCAACUACCCUGGCCCUGGCAUAGGCAAUCCUAUGAACCCCAUGUCUGGACAAGGAGGUCCUCCAUACACAGGAAUGCCCCAGGGUAGAGUUCCUCCAGGUCAGAUGGGCGCACGUCCCUAUGGUCCCAACAUGCCCCCCAUCAUGGGUCCCAACAUGCCGCCCAACAUGGGUCCCAACAUGCCACCUCAGGUGGGCUCAGGGAUGUGCCCCCCCCCCGGGCUUAACAGGAAGGCCCAGGAGUCAGCCGCCAUGCAGCACACCGCUACUAACUCCAUGCACAGCAGGAUGCCGGGCUACGCCAACAUGUCUUCUGGCAUGAUGGGCUCCGGGGCCCCCUACGGUCCUUCAAUGAACAACAUGCCUGGCAUGAUGAACGCGCAGGGUGGCCCUCCUUUUCCUAUGGGUCCCAACAUGGCCAAUAACUCUAGCGGUAUGGCCCCCAGUCCAGAUUAUGGUAUGGAUGGGAAAAUGAACCAAGGCCAGAAGAUGAACAACAAAGUGGAUGGAGCCCCAAAAGCUGAACCGACUAAAUCCAAGAAGUCAAGCUCUUCCACAACAACCAACGAGAAGAUCACACGCCUUUACGAGCUGGGCCCCGAGCCUGAGAGAAAAAUGUGGGUGGAUCGUUACCUCAGUUUCGUUGAGGAGAAAGCCAUUGGGAUGACUAACUUGCCUGCCGUGGGCCGCAAGCCCCUGGACCUUUUCAGGCUCUACAUCUCAGUCAAGGAAAUUGGAGGCUUUGCCCAGGUGAACAAGAACAAGAAGUGGCGCGAACUGUCCACCAACCUUAAUGUGGGCACGUCGAGUAGCGCCGCCAGCUCCCUGAAGAAGCAGUACAUCCAGUGUCUGUAUGCCUUCGAAUGCAAAGUGGAACGUGGAGAGGACCCCCCUCCGGAGAUCACUGACAGCAAGAAGGCAAACCAGGCCAAGGUCCAGCCACCCUCCCCAGCUGGAUCAGGCUCUCUCCAGGGCCCUCAGACCCCCCAGUCCACCAGCAGUUCCAUGGCCGAAGGUGGUGACCUGAAGCCUCCGACACCCGCCUCUACCCCACAUCCGACCCAGAUGACGCCCAUGCCACCCGGAGCCAGGAACAGUGUCGCGCUGCAGGACCCGUUUGCCGACGGCGGUGACCCAGCAUUUCCCAGGAGGAACUCCAUGACUCCUAACUCUGGUUACCAGUCAGGCAUGAGCACCCCAGAGAUGCCAGGGCGCAUGGGUCCGGGGCCCUACGAAGGUCCCGGACCCAACAAGGACCCCUUCGGGGCCAUGCGGAAAGUUGGGGAGCAGUUCUUGCCUGCAACUCAGGGUCCUAACAGCGGGAUGGCCGAGGCGCAGCAGUUUAACCGUGGGCCUCCUCCAGGGUCUAUGGGGAGCAUGCCGAUGGCUCAGAGACAGCAGUAUGGACCUGGACCUUACGGACCAGGUUACGAGAGGAGGUCAGAACCUGGGAUGGGCCCCGAAGGCAGCAUGGGAUCUGGUGCACCGCAGCCAAACCUGAUGCCUUCCGAUACUGGGAUGUACUCGCCAAACCGCUAUCCACCGCAGCAGCAGUCAAGACAUGAUUCCUAUGGUAAUCAGUAUCCUGGUCAGGGCACGCCCCCUGGUGGCGCCUACCCCAAUCAUCAGCCGGGAAUCUACUCUCAGCAACAGAAUUACAAGCGUCCUGUGGAAGGGGGUUACCCUCCGCCAAAGCGUCAUGAGGGAGAGAUGUACAGUGGCCCUUUCAGCGGUGGGCCGCCUCCGCAACAACCGCCGCAACAACCGCCUCAGCCAGGGGCCUCCUCUGCGCCAUCUGCUGGCCAGCCAGAGAUGUACCAACCCCAGUAUAGUGCCGGCACCUUCCCUGGCGCUGACCGUCGCCCGCCCGGAUCUCAGGGCCAAUUCCCCUUCCCCUUCAAUAGGGAGCGGUUGCAGGCAGCCCCAGGGCCCAGUGCCCAGCCAUCCAUGCCCCCUCAGAUGAUGCAGCCGGGCCCUGAAGGCCCCCAGGGAGGCAUUUGGCAGGGCCGCGGGGAUAUGAGCUAUCCCGGCAACUAUCCCAACCGGCAGGGCAUGCCUCCGGGUGGUCCCGCACAGGGACCUGGUUACCCUGGCAUGAACCGCGGCUCAGAGGAAAUGAUGUCAUCGGAGCCACGCUCAAACCACGAAGGCCAAUGGGGGCCGGGGCAAAUGGGUCCUCGGCAGCCGCCCUACGGACCCGGAGGAGCAGGCCUGCCCAUGACCCGCACACUACAGUCCAACUACCAAUCCGCUCAGGCCAUGCAGAACCACAUUCCACAAGUUUCCAGUCCUGCCCCUAUGCCCCGCGUGGGGGGGGCGGGGGGCAUGGAGAGCCGGACAUCGCCCAGCAAAUCACCCUUCAUGCACGUUGGCAUCAAGAUGCAGAAGGCGGGGCCACCAGUUCCCGCCUCUCACAUUGUGCCCCAGUCAGUGCAAUCACCCCUGGUCCGGAGAGACAUGCCCUUUCCCGCCGGCUCAGUUGAGGCCACCCAUCCGAUACUAAAACCCCGCAGACGCCUUACCACAAAAGAUAUCGGGACACCCGAGGCUUGGCGAGUGAUGAUGUCCCUGAAGUCUGGCCUGCUGGCUGAGAGCACGUGGGCCCUGGACACCAUCAAUAUCCUCCUGUAUGACGACAACAGCAUCUCCACCUUCAACCUAAAUACGCUUCCUGGUCUGCUUGAGCUGGUGGUGGAGUACUUCCGCCGCUGCCUCAUUGAGAUCUUUGGCAUCCUGCGUGAGUAUGAGGUGGGAGACCCUGGCCAGAGGACGCUACUGGACCCUGAUGCUCUGACCCGAGACUGUUGUGCGGAAGACGAAGAACCAGAGGAGAUGGAGCUGGAUGAGGAGGAGGAGGAUGGCGAUGACGUGGAGGUGGAGAUGGUGCAGGAGCGUUCAAAACAGCAAGCGGGUGAGACAACUGAGGCACAGGUGAAGCAGGAGGGUGAGCAGGAGCCAUGUUCAGAACAAGACGACCGAAAAGAGGAAGUGGACCAAGACAAGGAAAGGAGCUCUUCGUCGGAGCGGGCCAGCUCUUCAAUAGACUCUGCUGCCCAAGGCCCGGACAACCCAAUCGAGAGACCCAAACAAGCCAGCAAGUUCGACAAGCUCCCACUCAAGGUUGUUCGGAAGAAAGACCCGUUUGCUGCGGGCAGAGCAAGCCAGAGGGGUAAAGUGCAGGUGUUUGACAGUGGACUUCUCCACUGGAGUGCUGGUGGAGGAGACAACACAGAACACAUCCAGACCCACUUCGAAAGGAGGGAAGGUUUUAUGGAGCUGCGAGAACGAGUGCCAGUCCUUUCCUCAAGCCUGAGGAAAACCGCAGAAUCCCCAGGGGUCAAGGAAAACCUAGCAGAGAAAGACAAAGAAAUGGAAUCGGAAGGUCUGGGGCCCUCCAACGCAUUAUCUGCCGACAAGGCCUCGGCCAUCACCGAAGAGGCAAAGCCCGAGCACUCAUGUGCCGAGAUCGAGGAGAGGUCGCCGACCGAUGGGCCCCAGAGCCAGCAGGAGAAUGACCGAAAAAGCAUCCCUCUUGCUCGGCAGGUCCCACAGCGUGUGGUGGAAGACGAGCCUCACAGCAAAGACGAGGGUCCGCUGGUCAUGCUGGCCAGCUGGCAGGACGCCCUGGCCCGCCGCUGCAUCUGUGUUUCCAACAUCGUGCGGAGCCUCUCCUUUGUGCCCGGCAACGACCAGGAGAUGUCCAAACACCCAGGUCUUAUGCUGCUUCUCGGCCGCCUCGUGCUGCUCCACCACCGCCACCCUGAGAGGAAGCAGGCCCCGCUCACCUAUGAGAAGGAGGAGGAAACCGACGAGGGGCUUGGCCAGCGGGAUGAAUGGUGGUGGGACUGCCUGUCUCUACUCAGGGAGAACUGCCUGGUCACCUUAGCCAACAUCUCCGGCCAGCUGGACCUGUCCAUCUACCCUGAGAGCAUCUGCCUGCCACUGCUGGACGGACUCCUCCACUGGGCAGUUUGCCCCUCUGCCGAGGCCCUGGACCCCUUCCCCACGCUUGGACCCCACAGUGCGCUGUCCCCCCAAAGACUGGUCCUGGAGACCCUGAGCAAGCUGAGCAUCCAGGACAACAACGUGGACCUGGUCCUGGCUACGCCGCCCGUCAGCCGCCUGGAGAAGCUAUACGGGACACUUGUGCGGCUUGUUGGGGAGAGGAAGGUGGCCGUCUGCAGGGAGAUGUCGGUGGUGCUGCUGGCUAACUUGGCCCAGGGUGACAGCAUGGCUGCGCGGGCCAUCGCUGUGCAGAAGGGCAGCGUGGGCAACCUCCUGGGAUUCCUGGAGGACAGCCUGGCUGCCACUCAGCUCCAGCAGAGCCAGAGUUCUCUGCUGCACCUUCAGGGGAUGCACUUCGAGCCCACAAGCAAUGACAUGAUGCGGCGGGCUGCCCGAGCCCUGCACGCCUUAGCCAAGGUGGAGGAGAACCACUCAGAGUUCACGCUCUACGAGUCACGCCUCCUUGACCUAUCCGUGUCGCCGCUCAUGAACUCUGUGGUGUCUCAUGUCAUCUGCGAUGUACUGUUUCUGAUUGGCCAGUCAUGACAGCUGUAGGGAGCUUUGGCUCCACCUCCUCUGAGCUUUGUCCCUGUCCCUUUGCCCCCCCCCCCCAUCUCCUCCGGGUUACAAACUGGCUUGUAUGUGUUUAGGGGGUAGGGAAAGCUCAAGUGACUGUUUUUAAUUUAUGCAAACCUUACAGAUUCCACUCUCUGAGUCCCCUUCCCCCUGUUCUCAACAUGAGGGAUUUCACCAGGGAGCAGCCAUUGGGUGGAUUUACAGACCGGAGACUCAACAAGCUGACACAACUUGUAACUUUAAAGCCAACUAGAUGAAAAGAGCAGAGCACCUGGGUUUGGGGUGUUCCACAGUUUUUUUUGGGGGGGGGGGGGGGGGGG